AUGCGGGAAGAGGACUUUCAUCAAUACGCCGCCGGGCUCAAUACUCUUGACCUCCAACACUUGAAGUCAAGGCAUUCUGAGCUACUCAGUGGCCUCAACACUGUCGACCAACUUCGAGACGUGCACCUGGGCAAAUAUGUUGAGCUCCCACAGAUCAUCGUGGUGGGUGACCAGAGCUCCGGCAAGAGCUCGGUCCUGGAGGCCAUCUCGCGGGUCCGCUUCCCCUCCAAGAGCUCUCUCUGUACUCGGUUCGCCACCGAGCUCGUGCUGAGAGAUGCCGCGGAGCCGAGGAUGGAGGUCUCAAUUAAGCCACACGAGACGGCCGCCAAGGAAGUCAAGGAGAAGCUGUCCAAGUUUACUGCAAUGGAAUCGAAGCUUGGCGAACUAUCCAACAUAAUCAAUAAGGCGUCUGCCGUCAUGGGUAUCGAUGAAGGCUCCAAAGCCUUUUCGAGGCACAUUCUGUGUAUCAAGAUAUUCGGCCCAGGUAUUCCUCCUCUGACUCUGGUCGACCUGCCUGGCUUCUACCACGCCAGAGGUCUCAAUCAAGGAGACGAACACCGCACACUCGUCGACGAACUUGCGGCGGAGUACAUGAGCCAGGAGGCAAGCAUUAUUCUGGCCGUCAUCUCAGCCAAGAGCGGCCUUGAAAUGCAGAAGGUCUUGCAGAAGACCAAGCUGUACGACCCUCGUGGCAAGCGGACGUUGGGCAUCGUGACUAAACCGGACCAACUCGAGAAGGGCGAAAUGGAGACAGAAUUUGUCAGGCUUGUGAGGAACUCGUCUGACACGCCGUGGCACCUUAAGCAUGGAUGGUACGUCCUGCGCAACCGUGCUGAAAAAGACGACGUGGACUUCGACACGCGGGACAGAACGGAAAGCAAGCUUCUUGGUUCAGCGCCAUGGACAUCGAUCAAGCAGGAGUUCAAAGGCAUCGGUCCGCUUCGACAAAAGCUGAGCGACAUGCUUCUUACCCACACCGGGUCCCAGCUACCGAGAGUCACAAGCCGCAUCCGAGAGCUCAUCAAGGAACGCGAGCAUCAUCUCGGAAACCUGGGCGAGUCCCGGAUUGAUCCACGCGACUGCAGGGUAUACCUCGGCCGCAUUGCAAACAAGUUCGAGCAUCUCGCAAGGCAAGCUGUGGGAGGUGAAGCCAAAGAUUCGGAUUUUUUCGACGCCGUCUGCGAAGGAUCAAGACUAGGCGUUUCUGGAGGCGAACAUAACCUUCGGGCUCGGGUUAGGAGGCUGAACGAAGCAUUCAUCGCCGUGAUGGGAAAGCAUGGGUCCAGAAGGACUGUCAAAUGGCGAGAUGAGGGGAUGAACGAUAUUUGGACGCUCGGGGAGCUGCCGAACGAACUGGCAGAAUUCACGGCGCUUUAUGACCUACCAGAGCAGCAAGGGGUCACUCAAGACGACCUUGAAAGAGAAGUACAACAGUGGGCCGUCGCGGCGAGGGGCAACGAGUUCCCAGACGAAUAUUCCACGUCACUGAUGCUGACCCUAUUCGAGGAUCAGGCAACGCCAUGGAAGCGCAUCGCAGCUCGCCAUCUCGACCUGGUAGUGGAAGCAGCGGAGUCUCUCGUCUCGAGUAUACUCUCCCAUGUCAGCGGCGAGGACAAUAGCCUGCGGGAGAGAAUUGCAGACGAGUUUAUAGCUCCCUUCUUCUCGGAUCGAAAGGCCGCUCUUCAAGCCAAGUUGGAGGAAUUGCUGCCACAGGUCAACAGCGACUGUCAGAUGUUGGCCCUCGAGUGGUUGUACACGGAAAAGACGCAGGAACGGUCCAGGCUGCGCUUGGGGAAAGAGUGGAGCGAUUUGCAAAAGAAGCUCAGGCCGGAGUCGGGAAACGACAUCCGGGAGGGUUGCGAGCCGGGCGCCAACUUGCAGGAACGCGCCUCGACAUGGUCUAAGGGCGUGCAGCAAUUGAGGGCGGAGAAUCUUAUCGACUCCAUGGUGGUGUUUUACGGGAUGACGAUGGAGACGUUCCUGACCAAUGUCAUCACCCUGGCGGUUGAGAAGCAGCUCAUGACACGGCUACCGGGCAUCUUCAGCACAGCGCAGGUCAUGGGACUCGAGGAUGACAAGCUGAAAGAGCUGGCCGAGGAGUCAGAGGACAGCCAAGCAGACCGCAGCAAGACGGAGGAAGACCUAGCCAAGCUGAAACGGGGUCUCGAGCUAUGCGAGGGCUGGCGUAAGAGCAGCAACAGGAGCGACAACUCGCCUCGCCGCCUCCUGCGACUGUCAUCUGCGCGACUCUGGAACCCGACCAACUCGACGCCCCGAAGCGCCCAGUCUCGCAGACGACGCAGGUCCUCGCCUCCGGCACCUCCAGUGCCUCUGCAGCACCCCACGCUCGAGCCUUCCGCCGAUAUUGACGAUCUCAUCGCCAGCGCCGCCGGCGACUACCCUCUACUCACCCUCGCGGAGCAACGCCAGCUGAAGCAUUCGCCCGCGACACGCGCCAGCCUCCAGGUCGACCGGCGCGGCAGCCACGACCACCGAAUCAGCUUGCCAAGGUCGGUCCGGGCGUCUCACGACGGCAGCCGAUCCCAGAUCCCCACGCCGGGACCUCAGGAAAUUGACGACGAGCAGCUCGAGGAGCCAUCGAAGGAGCGGACGGGCCUUGCGCGGCCGUCAAAGAUUGACAAAGGCAAAGGGAAAGCCAUCAUGGCGCCUGAAAAUGAGGAACCUAGGCGGUCCUUUUCUAGGGAUCUGGAACGCGGCCCCGAUGUGAUGGAGUCGCGCCCCUCGAAUGUGUCUGUCGGUGAUGGCAUCGGCCCAGCUCUGUCAUCGUCCAACUCGUCCAUCAUGGGUGAGGACGUGCACCCCGACACUGGCGAGGAGUGGGGCCCACAGCAUCCAUGCUACCCUCAUCUGAAUCCUCACGUUCCAAUGGACUCGGCCGAGUACGCGACCACGCGCAUCAUCCGCAUCCGCCGCGACUGGCUCCUGCAGGGCGACCUGGCUCCGACCUUUUCAAAUCUGUACCCGGAAAUCCUGGACCCAGCAGGUAUAUCUGAGCAGGAGUUUCGCCGCGUCAUCGAGAAGCUGAAUGGAGAACUCGUACCCAUCUUCGACCCGUACAGCCUCCGCAACGUAAUGGACAGCUUCCUUGGCCUCGUGACGGGCUGGCUGUGGGACGACUUUGGGCUCACGGGCAUCAAGGCGCGGCUCAACCACCUGGAGAAAUGGAUCGAUAGGUGGAACGUGGAGAUGGCCAAGACACUGUCGUCCGAGGACGGCAUGAUUCCGCCCAAGAUUAUCUCUCUGCGGCGGACGGGUUACAUGACUCUGGACAUUCAAAUACCGGACCCCGAGAUCGCCCCGGCGCCCAGUAGUACGGGCGCGGGCGAGUCACGAACGGGAUUGCCCACGGAGCUGCCCAUGACGAUGGCGGUGUGA